AUGGCGACUACUCUACCCCCACCAAGCAAGCGUCAACGCACCGCUACAGCCGAGAAGGCAAGAGCGCAGCAAGAUGUCGACACAAUCCCUGACAACCUGGGAUCAAUCCGAGUGCAAUUUCUGGAUCAAGCCUCUGGCAUAUCAGCCGGUCCACCGGUCUCUGUGCCAGUCCGAGAUGCUACGGUGAAGAAUCUGGAGCUGCUGUUGAAUACCUUGCAGAGGAACGAUGCCUCUGAACGAAUCCCCUAUCGGUUUUCCUAUCGCUCUGACUCAUCUGAUCCCACCCGACUCGACAACGCUCUUGAUGUAUCAGAUGAUCUCUACCAUUCCCUUCUCAAGCCUGGCCUGAAGACAACCGAAGACUCUAUCAGUCUCCAAUAUACCCCCCAAGCAAUAUUUCGAGUCCGUGCCGUAUCAAGAUGCUCCUCCUCAAUACCAGGGCACGGGGAAGCCAUACUAGCAACAGCGUUCUCGCCUUCGUCAUCAUCAAGACUAGUAACAGGCAGUGGAGAUUCGACUGCUCGGAUAUUCGAUUGCGACACUGGAACACCCAUUCACACUUUGAAAGGCCACACGAGUUGGGUACUGGUAGUCAGCUGGUCUCCAGAUGAUUCGACGGUAGCUACAGGUUCGAUGGAUAACACAGUCAGAUUAUGGAACCCCAAGACUGGCGAAUCACUAGGUGCACCCCUCAAAGGUCACAGUAAAUGGACCACCAGUUUAGCGUGGGAACCUUACCAUCUCCAGACGCCUGGCCGACCACGGCUCGCCUCUUCUUCGAAAGAUUCCACCGUAAGGGUGUGGGACAUUGUCUCUAAGAGGAUCGAAUUGGUGCUCAGUGGUCACAAGGGAUCUGUAUCCUGCGUUCGCUGGGGUGGGACCGGCAAGAUAUAUACAUGUUCGCACGAUAAAACGGUAAAGAUCUGGAAUGCAAAUGACGGUACUCUCGCACAUACGCUCUCCUCCCAUGCCCAUUGGGUCAAUCAUUUGGCUCUCUCCACAGACUUUGUACUACGAACCGCCUAUCAUGACCACACCGGUCAUGUGCCACCAACGCAGGAAGGCAAGAUUGCAAAGGCAAAAGAGCGCUUUGAUAAAGCUGCAACCAUUAGCAAUGAGAUAGUUGAAAGGCUAGUGACGGCCAGUGAUGACUUCACAAUGUAUCUAUGGGAACCAUCCAAGACUACUAAACCUCUUGCUCGCCUUCUUGGGCAUCAAAAACAGGUAAAUCACGUUACGUUCUCCGCCGACGGUCUUUUCAUCGCCAGCUCUGGCUGGGACAAUCAUGUCAAGCUGUGGAAUGCAAGGGACGGGAAGUUCAUUGCUACGUUGAGAGGCCAUGUUGGGCCAGUAUAUAUGACUUGUUUUAGCCCCGACAGCAGGCUGUUGGUUAGUGGAAGCAAGGACACCACGCUGAAGGUAUGGGAAAUUAGGACUGCAAAGUUGAAAGAAGACUUGCCAGGGCAUCAGGAUGAGGUGUACGCAGUUGAUUGGAGUCCCGAUGGAAGCAAGGUUGCGAGCGGUGGGAAAGACAAGGCGGUGAGAGUGUGGAGACAUUAA